UGAGUGUUUUGCCGCCAUUAGAAGAAGCUAACUAGCUAAAUACACAACGGCCAGCAAAACUCACACGACUGAAACUACAGAAAAAUACCAAUAGUCCCAAACCUCCAAAAAGUGAGUAUAUAGAAGAAAGGGUCGGUGAGCUAAAAUGAAAAACGGCGCUGAUGGAAACACAAAAGCACCAAUUGGCGACGACCCCUUCGAUAAGCCGCCGUGCAGAGGCUGCUCGUCGUACCUCACCGAGCCGUACAUCAAGUGUGCCGAAUGCGGACCUUCACCUUUCCGCCUCUGCCUCCAGUGUUUCACCAGAGGGUUCGAGUACAAAAAACAUCAAAGCGAUCACAACUAUGAAAUUAUGACCUCCGACUUCCCCGUUCUGGAGCCCGGCUGGACGGCGCAGGAGGAGAUGGCUCUGCUGGAGGCCGUGAUGGAUUGUGGCUUUGGGAAUUGGCAGGACGUGGCCUAUCAGAUGCGCAGCAAAAGCAAGGAGGAGUGCGAGAGUCACUACAUGAAGAACUUCAUCAACAAUCCUCUCUUCUCGUCCACGCUGCUCGGCCUACGCAAGACCAAAGACGCUCGCUUUGCCGACAGCGCCAUUCCUUUCAAAUCGAGCGAGGACCCGCCUCGGCCCACCUUUGACUCGGUGCUUUCCAGGGACAUGGCGGGCUACAUGCCGGCCAGAGCCGACUUCAUAGAGGAGUUUGACAACUAUGCCGAAUGGGAUCUGAAAGACAUCGACUUUGUGGACGAUGACUCAGACGUUCUGCGCGCGCUCAAGCUGGCCGUGGUGGAUAUUUACCAUUCGCGUCUGAAGGAGAGACAACGCAGAAAAAAGAUAAUUCGCGAUCAUGGACUCAUCAACAUGCGCAAAUUCCAAAUCCAGGAGCAUUGCUACCCGAAGGAGGUCCAGGAUCUCUACGAACUCAUGAGACGAUUCGCCAGAGUCACCGGACCUGUUGAGCACGACAAAUUCAUCGAAAGUCAUGCGCUGGAAUUUGAGCUGCGACGGGAGGUCCGCAGGCUGCAGGAGUACCGCGAGGCCGGGAUCAAGUCUUUCUGCGGCGCCAAAGUGUACGACCGUGUGAAGCGUCUGCGCGAGGACGAGCGUCGCAAGAGGACCGUGCUGUGCGACGUGCUGCAGUACAUCCACGACGGGCGAGCCUGCCAGCAGUGGCUCAGCAAGCAGGCCGCCAUAGACGCUGGCAUCACACCGGCCGUCGCGACUAUCACGACAUCAGCAACGGGCAGGAGGAGCGCCCCUCCCCUCAACCUGACCGGACUGCCCGGUACGGAGAAGCUCAACGAGCGAGAGAGAGAGUUGUGUCAGGUAGUGCGUCUGGUGCCGGGCGCGUAUUUGGAGUACAAGCAGGCCCUGCUGGACGAGUGUCGUCGUCAGGGCGGCCUGCGAUUGGCUCAGGCGCGAGCGCUCAUCAAGAUCGACGUCAACAAGACGCGCAAGAUCUACGACUUCCUCAUCAAGGAGGGAAUCAUCACCAAGGCCUAGCGG